ACAAGGAUGAGAUUGUUUCAAAAGUGUUGCUAGCGUCAAGUGGAACACAUCUAUCACAGUAUAACUGUUUAUUGCAGUGUUCAAGAUACAUUCUUUACGGAAAGUACACUAGAAACGACUUAAAAAUUUCAUCUUUUAAAGAAAGUAUUCUAAAGUAUUUCUAAAAUGAGAUUGGCUAUUGUAGAGUUUGUUUUUACAAUUCUCAUUUAUUGGACCACACUUUCAAUAGGCGAUAUUCAUUUGACUAUGAAAAACUACGUGGACAAAUCAAUUCAAUUUCAGUGUAAAGAUGACAUUUCUUUAAACUUCUCCAACACAGUGAUUUCUUAUAUUAACCAGGAUUUCAUCAGUAAUCCAAUAAUCACUUGCCUCAAUCUUAUAGGCAGUAAUAUUGAGGAUAUUGAAAAAGGCGCUUUUAAUAAGCUUCCCAAUUUAACUCAUUUGUUUCUUUCUAAUAAUAAUCUCGACGGAAAUAAACUCUUUAAUUUUGGAACACACAAUAAGUUACAAGUUCUUAUUAUGAAUAAAGUAAUAAAACCAGAAACGUAUAGUCGUUGCACAUGUAUACAGCCCUUUUGUGAAAUGUACGACAUGCAUGAAUCUAACAUAACAGUAACAGUUCAGGUUGUUGACGAAUAUCCCAAUUUAGAAAUUUUGUCUCUUCAUGCAAAUUGUUUAGAAAAUUUACAAUCUUUUCCAUUAAUGGAAGAAACAACCUCAUAUUAUUCGUUAAAACCGUUACAUUAUCGUAAUUUUGAGUUAAAAAAUAAUAAAAUAACUUCGAAAGUUACGCAAGUUGUAUUUCCCAAGUUAAAGAUCCUGGAUCUCUCCGAAAACAGGAUAAAUAGGACAAAUUUUAUAAAUUUGUUGUCAAAUAGCUUAUACUUUCUUGAUCUUCACGAUAAUUUGGUUAACUCUUUGAGUUUAAAUAAAAAAGGAAACAAUUUGUUUGCACUUAAUUUAGAUAACAAUAAUUUUAAAUACAUUAGUUAUCAGAAUAACAAAAAAAACCCAAGUCUAUCGAUGGCUGGUUUAAAGAAUUUGCAUUAUCUUUCUGUUUUUAACAACAGGAUUAACGUUAUUGCGUCAGAUGCUUUUCAAGACAACGACAAAUUAUUCUACUUAAACUUAUCUUCAAAUAAUAUAAAUUAUAUAUAUCCGGACACAUUUGCAAAUUUGCAAUACUUAAAAACGCUCGAUCUGAGUAUUAACAAACUCAACAAUGUUAUACGUAUCUCAAAGGAAAUAGAAAUCAACACCUUGUAUAUUAAUUACAAUAACAUAACAAAAUUAUUCUCAUAUUCCUUCGUGCAAAUGCCAAAAUUGACGAAAUUGUUAUUAGGACAAAAUAAAAUUGAUGAGAUUGAUGUUAAUGCAUUUGAUCUUCUUUUUAACCUAGAAGAGUUAGAUCUUUCGGCAAAUAUGUUACGUUUUCUGCCUCAAAACUGGACAGAUUCUCUUGUGUCAAUAAAAUAUUUGGACUUAAGUGAUAAUCAAUUCAUGUCACUGAAGGAUUUAUCGUUGUCGAAUACAUCACCAUUGAUAGAAAUAUAUUUUAUAAGGAAUUCAUUAAAAUAUUUAAAUGUUGCAUAUUUUAUUGAGAAUUUACCGCAAAAUCUUACUAUUAACUUGACAAACCGCUCAAAUUUUACAAAAUGGAUAUGGCCCACUUGGGGAAACAAUUAUUAUAAAAAUAUUCUAAAUCAAGAAAACUAUGAUGAAUACUUGGACGAAUCUUAAGAUGUCUUCAAGAUGUCUCGAAGACAUUUCUAAAAGAUAUCUAAAAGAAAUCUAAGAAGAUUUUGUUAAAGAUAUGUUUAUAGAAUUUUUAAAAGAUAUCUAAAAGACAUAUAUCUUAAAAGAUGUCUUUAAAAUUUUCGAACUAGACAUGCCAAAGAUAUCUAAAUAAAAAAUCUAUAUAAGAUAUUAUACUUAAUAUAUUAUACUUAAAUAUUAUAUGUAUAUUAUAUAUACUCCUACAUAAAAUGUUUUAUUUAAAAAUAGUGUUUCGCAUUCAUAAGAUUUUAUUGUAAAGUCUGCUUUGCAAAAAUCUCGGAUUGAAUUGUAACCAAUAUUUUUCAAUGCGAUAUUAAGAACAAAAAUUUUGUAUGCCUUUGAAUCCGAUAACAAUUAGCAGAAGUAAAUCUUUUUUAAUGCAAAGAUUCGUAUUUAUUUGAAUGCGUCGUGAUUGAAUGUGAAGAAUUCAGAAGACAUUUAGAAGAUAUUUAAUUGAAUAUUUUUUUUAAUACUUCAGAAUUCUUCUGAAUUCUGCUUUUUGAUAAAUGUCCAUAUUUUUUAAUUUGUUUCAAUCCGAUGUUUUAUGCAGAGUCUACAUAUAAUAACAUGCAAUAUUGUUUACUCAAAUAUUAAAUAUAUGCUCUAUAACAUGUAAUAAAUGUAAUAAUGUAUAUGAUCUAUAUAAUAACAUAUGUAAUAUUAUAAAUAUGUUACAAUAAUAUAUAUAUAUAUUAUAUAAAUAUAUUUAACAAUAUUAAUAUUUCUUUAAUAAGUACUUUAGGUACCUUAUUAUAGAGAUAUAUAAAAUAAGCUACCUUAGAUCUCUAUUUAUACAAAUAAUAUUUUCAGAAAAUCCCUGUAAUGUUGUAUUAAUGUUAAUAUCACAUUACUGCAAUGAUAAAAGGUUGCUGUAAUGUUAUAUUUUUUCGGCUUAAAUUUUCUUUAAAUUUAUUUAAUUUAUACAAAUACAUAUUGCAAAUAAUAUCUAUUUUAACUAAAAUUCUGCAUUAGUACAGCUAUCCUAUCCUAUCCUAUCUUCUCCUUUUUUAAAAUAGCCAUGUAACCCUAAAGUUGCCGCUUUAUUCCGAUCGUGAUUGGCUGUCUCGCUUGACUCGCUUCGUGUGCGAGAGUCGGGGUUUGACUGUUUAGUCAAGAGUAGCUGUCAUUGCGAUUGAAUUUUGACAACUGUCAAAUUUGGUGAAAAGAGGCAAUCAAGUAAGUUGUAAUUUAUAUAAUCCAAUUAUGAUAUUUAACUAUUUCUUAAGAAUUUAUAUACACAUAUAUGUGUGUGUGUGUGUGUAUGUGUGUAAAUUCUAGGAUUAUAUAUUUGUAAUCGAAAAAUAGACAAGAAAAAGACGGAAAUAAAUUGAUAAAUAAAGAGUGAAAGAGAGAGAGAGAGAGAGAGAGAGAGAGAGAGAGAGAGAGAGAGAGUCUUUUUAAAUCAACGUCUUUAAAUGUCUGUAACUUUCUCUUUACUUGGCGUAAUUUUAAAAUUUAUUUUUAAAUUUUACAGGAAAAAAUACGAAGGAAAACAUAAGAAAUUCGCGUUCACUGUGCGGUUUCUAAAUCGCCUAAAAUUCAUAUCCUCUUUUCAAGUUUAUGACUAUUAGAUUUUCAUCACUAAUUCGAUUCGAGCACAAAAGCUUCCAAUUGUAUUACGUACUGAAUAUUGUCAUUUAGUUCCAAAUUUGUGUGUAUUCGUAAUGAAGUAUUUCAUACAGUACAGAACAUUUCAAUAAUGUGUGUGUGUGUGUGUGCGUGCGUGCGUGCGUGCGUGCGUGUGUGUGUGUGUGUGUGUGUGUGUGUGUUCGAUAGUCCCAUUGAUGUGACGAUAAAACUCAAACUCCGAAUGUUUGCUUCUGUUGCAGCUACGACUUACCUGAACUGGCGAUGAAAACGGCAAGAUAAUUUGUAGAAAUUCAAGAUUCAUCGUAAUAGAAUUAAGAAGAUGAACAAUAUCCACAAUUGCUGAAAGUAAUCACCAUAAUUGUCCAGAAAAUAGUCUGUUAAAUAAUCAGAUGGUCAUAUUUAAGUUGAAAUCAGAUAAGGAUUGACGAAUAAGACGAUGAAGGAAUGUUUAAUGUUUAGAAUGAAGGAAAAUUAAGAAAAAAUACACAAUUAAUGUGUGAUAUAGACAGUGUAUUUCGAUUUUGCCGAAGUAACCGGAAUUAUCUGAACAAAGGCUCGCUUUAAAUUUUAUGAGCUUCGGAGGAAAUGCGUUACGGAAUUUCAGGAAGUCAAAACUAUGGUGUCAUCAUCGACUGAUGUACAAGACAAACGAUAGAUCAGGUUAUGACACGUAUGCCGGUAAGACAAUGUUUGCAAUCGAAAACAAGGAAGAAAUAAUAGAGAAGUUUCUCCAAACAACAUGUAUAAAUAUGAAACAAUCUCUCAAAUCCCUAACGGUAAAAAAAUAGUUUGUUAACGGCAUGUAUAAUCAAAUACGCGCGGAUCAAUUUUUUUGUUCCGCGAUAUUUAUCUUUUUUAUCGUUUACUUUAAUUUUAUUGUUUGUAAUAAUUUUAUUAUUUUGUUAGCUAUAUAUGUAUAUAUAUAUAUAUAUUUUUUUUUUAAUAAACCUGUUGAAUUUGGGCAAAUUUUUAAUUUUCGCUCCAAGAACGCUCCAAACUUCAACUACAAAUAUAUGUAUAUGUAUGUAGAGAGAUACAUAUGUAUACAUAUAAUAGAUAUAUAUCCCUGCAAAUGAAAGGCAACUUUCUUAGGGCGUCUAUGUAUACGCCUUUCGCAAUUGAAGGAUUAAUAUACAAGGUCAGUACGUGCAUUCGAACAUUUCGAAUCAGUCAACUUUUUUACAACAAAUACAUUAUCAAGAUAUUAUUCACUAUGAUAUUAACAAGGGAAGGUCUCCCCAACUC